GCCUGCCGGAGGGUGGCCGGCGGCGCUGCGGGCAGAGCGAGCGGCUGCCGCCAUGCCGCGGGAAGGUGCCGGCAGGCGGGCGGGCAGGCGGCGCAGCACGGCGCAGGAUGAGCUACAAGAAGCAAUUUGUGCUCAUGCCACAAAGGAGCAAACAGCUGAAUAUUCAGAUGACUUUGAGAGUGAUGAAGAUGGCAUCUUAAAUGAAAAGGUUCAGCAAAUGAUGCUUUCAGAAAGUGAAAACAUACAGGAUGACAGAGAAGAUGAUGAGGAAUGUUUGGAAAGUCAAAAUGGGAGUGAUGACAGAAAAAAUAAUGACAGAUGUUCAGCUGCUGAAGUUCCAUGUGACAAUGGUGAAAGUGACCACUGCUUGGAGUUACCUACUCAUGAACUACAGAAAAAAAGCAAUCAAGAGGAACACAAACCAAUACCAAAACCACGAGUGCACAAACCAAGAAAUGCUUCAGCAUCAGAUCAGAGCAAGAGUAGCACCAGUGGCUUCAAACUGGAGGACGACAGUAGAAAGUCCCCUUCUGCAACAGAAGUAGUGACAAGCACAGAACAUGAGAAAACAAAGAAACUGGAGCUGUCGAUAGGUGAAAAUUCGUGUGAAGCUCUGAAAAUAGCGGAAGGGCAAAUAGUGACUGAUACAAUGCAGGAGGUAUCAGUGAAUGACCAGCCUGAACACGGGGAGGCAAAAAACACUUCAGAAGACUCUGUAAAGAAAUUAAGCGAAAUAAAGGAAAGAGUUCUGCAAACCCCCAAACCUUCUUUAUGUGGCAGGUCUCUGUCUUCUGCACCAUUAAAGAAAAAGGCAAAGGCUGUUCCUUCAGCUACACCUGUUUCAUCUCAGUAUCUGGGCACGUUAAAGGUGUUGGAGGGUACGUGUGUGCAGAACAACACAGAACUUAACAAAGCAGAUAGUCUACGAGCAGCUGUUUUCCAGAAUUGGUUGGAGAAGAAAAGGGCUCAUCUGCUGCAGUUAAAGAGAAUUGAGAAGAAGAAAGCUGAAAAUCUAAGAAACACUACCGAAAAGAAGGAAGCUGUUAAAAGAGAGGAAGCAAUUGCAUCUUUUGAAGCCUGGAAAAAACAGAAAGGCAGAGAAGCAAAGAAGUUAAGUAAACAAAAGAAGCUUGAGGAACUUCAGAAAAAGAAAGCAGCAGAGCAGAAUGAGGAGAAGACAGAAGCAGCACAGAAGGCCUUUGAAAAAUGGAAAGAAAAAAAAAUGGAAUAUUUAAGAGAGCAAAGCAGAAAGGAAAAACAGUCUGAAAGAAUCAGAAAGAAGAAAGAAGAGGAACUGAUUGCAGAGAAGAGGAAGGACAGCAUGUCAGCAGUUGAAAAAUGGAAUGAAAAAAAGGAGAACUAUACAAAACAGAAAAAAGCAGAAAAAGUCCUAGAGAGAAGAAAGCAAAAAUUGCAACAGGCAAAGAAGGAAGAAAAAGAUAAAAAGGCUAUGGAGGAAUAUGAAAAAUGGCUGGAAAAGAAAGAGAGGAGAGAGCAGCUUGAGAAGAAGCAAAGAAAGUUGCAGGCUGUCCAUGGAAGUGAAGUGCCUCCUCCGUGGAGUCCACCUGGCAAAGUCACGUAUUCAAUCAACUCCUGAGAAGUCCAUUGCCUUCUGUAAGAAAAGGUGAUCCACAAAGUUCUGACAAUUAUGAAAUAUGAAAUCAGCUUUUAAACUGCAUCAAGCAGAAACAGGAUUUCAUGGGGCCAAACCCGUGUGAUGGUACAGAAGAACCCAUAUGAUUUAAAAUGAUCCAAGACUAAGUAAGUCUGUAGAUGUUAAUUUCAUUUUAGGGGUCUGGCUCUGACUUAACCUCAUGGUAGGUGAGGCAUUUUUUUCUAGCAGUGCUGGUAUCACAACAGUAUUGGUAUCCACUCCCAACACAAACUUCUGAGGUAUCAAGAAGAUACCCAACAGUGGGUUUCUGCAUUUAGCCCAUAUCUGGGGAUAAACUAUAGCAGUUACUCUUAUCACCUGAUGAUCCCUCCCUCCCAGUAGGGGAGGGAAAUCAGGAAAAGAAGGGAAGACCCGUGGGUUGAAGUAAAAAUGGAUUUAAUGAAAGAGCCAAAGUAACAUCAACAUCAGUAUAAAGUACACAAACUUAUAUCCAACCCACUGAAUGUUCAGAGGUCACAGAAAGGAAAGCAGUCUGCAGGAAGAGAAUGGUAAGAAGCCCUUCCAGCAAUGUCGGGCAGCAGGAGGAAAAGAAAGAGAAGGAGCCAGACCAGGAGUGGUAUGAGUUACACCUGUGAGCCACUUUGGGUCUGCUGCCCUGGUUGAUUGCAAACUUGCUGAUGGCCUGCGAACCAUGGCUAACCUGUGAUUAUAUCCCAGAAAAAUCAGAACCUUGGGCAGUCUAAGAGAUAGCUAUCAGCAGAAGUAGCCCACUUACAACACAGGCAGAAUGCCAUGGAACUGCCAACUCAAAACUUAACCCACUUCAGUUUUAUGGAAAAGGUACUGAAUAAAUUCACGCAUGCAGGCUGCAAAGAUGAUGUGCGGCAUUAGUCCUCUAGGGUUCUAGGACUUGGAACCUUGAUUUCAGGUUUAGUCUGUUAAGAAACUAUAGCUAUAGGAUCAUGGGAAGAUGAGGUGUUUAGUAGACAGCAGAAUUUUCUGUGCAGCUGUCAUGAUCUCAGGUCAGGAGAGUCUGAGGCAAAGCAUGGAGCCUGUGAGGCACAAAUUGUCUGUUUUGUUAUUUUUGCAGUGUCCAGUUAGAGUAAGUAAGGAAUUUUCUGCCCUGACAGACCCACCACUGAGAAUUGCAAAUGAAAACUAUGACAGAGCAGUGCAGUGACAGAGUUAGAAAAGGGUUUGUCAUAUGCCUGUGCUGAAACUGUAUACUGCAUCCUUAAUGGCUUUAAGCCUUUAGAUGAUUGGGUGGAAGUCUUGUGAUAAAAGAUGUACGUGGGAAGAUGUUGCUGACAUCUUUCAGAGGAGUGAUCUACCCAGCACUUGCAUAAAUUCACAACAUUACAAUUAGAAAAAGAUGUAGAAGGUCUGAAGAGAUGGAGAAAAAUGUUGAUGCAACUGUCUGCUUAACUUGUAUAAAAAAAAUUUGGGAGCCUUCAUCAAAUUUUGCUUUGUAAAAACUUGGGCAUGCACAAUGCAAGUGUCAAAAGAAACAGCUGAGAAAUUCAAGCAUAUGUCCGUUAAUUUGUAAAACCUUGUGCCUAUAUAAAUCCUGUUCAUGUAUUUAUUGAUGAGAGCAAGUAUUUUGUGUUUAAUAAAGUAUAUUUUAGUCUAA